AUGCUUGUUUUAUCAUUGAAAAAACUUAUCGUUAUAAAACUAUUGAGAAUCAAGUAAGAAUUAUAGUCAAGAGAGACAUUACAAAAAAUACGAAAAUUGAAGAAUUAGUUGGAUUUAAUUGUACAAUUUCUGAUAAAGAACUAGAUAUAUUGAUAAAAAAGAAAAUGGAUUUUUCUGUAACCUAUACUACAAAGACAAAACAAAAUAAGCUACUCAUAGGUCCUGCAUCACUUGUAAAUCAUGAUUGCAAAGCCAAUAGCACUUGCCUAUGGAGAAAUAACAUUAUUUAUAUAAAAACUAAAAAGAAUAUAAAAGCAGGUAAAGAAAUAAGUUGUUAUUAUGGACCUGACUUUUUUGACCACAAGAAUAAACAAUGUUUAUGUGUAACGUGUGAAAUAAAUAAAAGAGGUAGUUACUGUACUCAAGAAGUGAACUCAACUACUCAGAUGCAAUGUCAUGAUGAGGAAACUGUUGAUUUUAUUAAACAAUUAAAAAUAUUUGACAAAGUAGCAAACUCAAGAAGUUUAAAAAAAACACAAGUGACAAUCCUAAUUCAAAUCAAAGAAAACUUUAUGGCCAAAGCAGAAAAGGCUUAGAAUAUGAUAGUUAUUUGUAUACAACAUUCAUUGAUUUUAUUAUUAGUGAAAAAUUAGUUAGAUCUGGGACGUUAAUAUUGACUGAUAAUACUACAUGGAAUAUCGUUGAAAAUGUUUAUAAUCGUAGUCAUCGU